AUGGCAGUAUUCGGAAAACCUACUUCAUCAUCGCUACUGCUUUCUCGACGCUCAUCUGUCAAGACUUUCAUUGAAUUGCUGAGUCUCUGCAUGGAAAUAAAGACCUUCAUUUCAUUGGCAGCGAGAAGCGCUAUUAAAGUCAGCUUUUUACUUUCACCAUGCCAGAGUCUCCCUAGAAGUGCUACUUGCCUUUGGACAACGACUAGGCACUUAGCUACUAGACUUAUACGUCAACUCAUUGGUAACUCACCGGUGAGAAGGCUUGAGCUCCGUCUGCGCAAUGUCUCGAGCAUCAGUAAAAUAGUGUGGUCAUCCUUUGAUUUCAUGUGCGGACCAGAGUUGAAAUUUGUCUGGGAGAUCUCGCCAUCAUCCUCACUCUCUCCAGUAAAUCUGAGUGGAGAAGAAGGAUCAGUUAACGAUGCUGAAAGUCUCGAGUCAUCCAUGACACAUUCUGUUCAGUUCGAGGAUAUUGACGAUCCUCUGCAGACCGCUCUGCUGAGCACAACAGAGAUGUAUGAUAGCAUGUUCAUGGACGAUUCGAUGUAUCACGAAUACCGCCUAUCGAGCCGCAGUGGAUAUACAUUCCAAGAGUUACGUUAUCUGGACGAAUAUAUGGUAGACAGUAGUUAUAGCGGCACCGAUUCCAACUUGACCUUGACGGACUCGAGAACGCAGGAUCAGUCCUCCAAUACACAAUCCACUUCAUCUGCUACAACAACAUUGACCAAGCCGGAUAGUUCUGAGCAGCUGCUAGAAGCGCACGAGGAGGGGGAUGAACCAGUUGCUCAUGAUCCGAUGGCCGGCACACCCAUGGAACACUUAAAUAUCUCGACGCUGCUUUCGUCGGACCCUCCAGAAACUCUCGAAGAGCAGAAUGAAAGUACAACGGGAAAUGUGAUCGCGCGAAACACUUCCGGUAGCACAACUGGGGGUAAGACGAGCACAUCGUCGUUUACCAAACUUUCCGAUGAUGAUGGGGCUACCGAGAAACCAUCAGAAGGAGGAGAUGGCACUGAUACCGAUAAAGCUGGCAGCGCACUGAUCACUUCGUGCGUUGAUUCGGGCAUAGGAGGUACAAUCUCAACGCAUAGUGAGUUGAGCGCUCUAUGCUUUUCACCUAUGGCUGAAUCUACUCCCAAGCCGCAAACGAGAACGUCCUCAGCAGAAAAGAGCAAGCGUAAGUUGUCGCAAGGAUCCUCAUUUGAUGACGAUAUUGUAUCAUUCCUUGAUCUUCCAAUGGAUACUACAAGUGAUUCUAUCACUGAUGAAUUCUUUGUCUCGAAGUUUAUUCUCGCAGAGCAGAUAUUCAGUGUUCAAUUGCCAUCGAAUCCUUUGAUACAUAAACUGAAAAUUGUUCCUUCCCGCAACCUUCUUGUGGGUUCAUUCAUUUUCUCACUUCCUGGCUCGUCCGGGACCAGAACUAUUCACGCAAUAUCAUUUUUGAUGAAUAUCCGCAAGCAGGAGUGGUAUUUGGAACGUGAGCAUUUUUUCGAGUCUGUGUUACUCGACCUGAUUCCAAGGUUGAAAGCAUCAAUGGUAGCUGAGGCUUGGGAAGACGUUGUAAUCCGAGCCAACAUUGAAUUCACACGGUUGAUGCAUCUAGUCACUACAUUGGAUCGAUACCCAUUAGUGUCGGAUUCUCGUCCGCUCCUGAUCAAGAAUACCUUGCUUACCGGUAAGCGGUGUCACAAUGACAGAGUGCUCUGUAAAGCCAUAUCGGGUGUCCUGCAGAGCCAAGGACAAUGCGUCAUCAUAGGAUCCGACAACCUUUAUGUUACAAGGUUGUUACAUACCCUGGCAGCUUUUGUUCCUGAGCAGCUGCGAUGGUCUUGUCCUCGAAUGUAUCGUCACAAAUUCAAUCCGUACCUGCGCUUGCAGGUUGUACGCAGGUAUGAGCUGCCUUAUCUUUUGCAAUGUGGUGCACUAGCCAGCUGGCCAAUAUGCGUCGUUGAUGUGGAUCGCUCGACUGUAUGCAUGUCAGCUCCGUACAGCCGACAUCGCAUACUGAAACGGAGGGCUGACACGCAGCGAGUUUCCGCUAUUUUGGAAGGAUCUGUGAAGAGUAGACCCGUUACUCUCGAAAUGAGCUCCUGUCGUAUCUUGGAUUGUGUAAAGAUUUUCUUGAAACGUCUCGAUCUUCUUCCUGUGGAGGAGUCGGCGAGGAUGGGCUUCAUAAAUCACAUUCAAGUGAGCCUUUACCGACGGAGAAGUCGUCAGCAACUAAAAGCUCACGAUUUUCACUGAGCGAAUGCAGAAAAGCUUUAGACUUGCAAUCGGACGCUUUCUUCCAUGCUGUGCUUGCCAGAGCAGAUCUAAUUGCUCCAGAUAUAGCCGAGUUCAUUUACAGCUCGGGUUGAAGAUCGCAAGAGUAUUUCCUAGUAACAAAGCAUUAAAAAUGGUUGACUUAGCAAACCCCAACAUGAUCUUUCCUCAUUGAUUUCAUCGCAUACUUGCACUUCACAUUAGUCAGUUCACUAGAGUUACACUGUGCCUCCUGUCUUUGUAGGGUGCCUUGUAUCGUUUCGGUGCAGCAGUAGUAGUACGGUCGUGGUUAUUGCUUCAUCCAGCUUGCGCAAACUUAUCAAUCAGUUGUAGUCACUUCUUCACCCAUGCAAGUUUAUGGAUGUCUGCUUGUAAUUACCAAACAAUAUUUUCUUUGUGCCUUGUAAUCAUGUAACUAUUAUACGUACCAAUUGUUUCUAUCACUGUUCCAAUGCGCUGUUAUAAUCUUCCUUUUCGUGAUAUGUAAAUAUCCCUCUGGCCUCGUGCUAGGCUGAAGUUCUCCAAAAAUUUUUUUAGCUUGAAACUUGAUAUAACAAUAUUGACCAAACUGUG